GGGAUCUCAGGGCAGCAGCAGUUUAAGCAGAGAGCCAGGGCAGAAACAGAGCUUCAUUGAGAGAAGAUGUUUUAUUAAAGGGGAGGAAAAGUGACUCACUCAAACAUACAGUAAUAAACACAGAGAGUUCAACACAGAAAGAAAGACAAGCAAGAGCCAACUGCACUCCUAAAUCUACCAGUAGAGAAAGAGAGCAAUAAGAGAUUACCAUUUUUUACGCCCCCGUCACACACACAUAUUCACACAUUUGUGUUAGUGCAGAGUGUGUGUGCAGCUCAGUGUGAGGAGCAGGGCUGUCCGACCCCAACAAGUGGCACAUCGAGGAGGAAGGAGCAAGCGAUUGGAUGGAUGCCUUUUGCAGACUCAGUGGCCUGGACCCUCUGUGGGACUGGAACCGUACGUGGUACACAGCAAACCCUGACCUCACCCAGUGUUUCCAGAACACUGUGCUGGUGUGGGUUCCGUGCAUCUAUCUGUGGUUGUUGGUCCCAUUUUACUGUCUUCACCUUUACUGCCACGACCAUGGACGGAUUCAGAUGUCCUGCCUCUGUAUUGCCAAGAUGGUGCUUGGUUUCCUGCUGGCCUCCUUUGGUUUUGUGGAGUUCUUCUAUAUCCUGCUGGAAAGGAGCCAGGAGAUCCAGCAGCACAUGGUUUUCCUACUGAGCCCCAUCAUUCGCAGCAUGACUGUGAUCCUGGCCCUGUGCAUCAUUCAGCUGGAGAGAGUGAGAGGAUGUCGAUCUUCCGUGUUCCUCUUCUUGUUCUGGGUCCUGUCUGUUGUCUGUUCUCUGGUGCCUCUCAGAGCGAAGAUCCAGCUUGCCAUUGAUGAGGGCAUUGCCUCUGACAUUGUUCGCUACCUCGCCUUCUUCUCCUACUUCACGAUCCAACUGGCCCAGCUCUUCCUGUGCUGUUUUGCUGACCAGCCUCCACAGGGAAAACCCGUCUUGGAGAAGAAUCCCUGCCCUGUGAAAGAUGCCUCUUUCCUGUCACAGAUUCUCUUCUGGUGGUUCACUGGGCUUGUUGUGAAAGGGUACCGCUCUCCACUCGAAGCCGAGGAUCUGUGGACCCUGAGGGAGGAAGACACAUCACACAAGAUCAUAUCUGAGCUCCAACAGGAAUGGACAGCCGAGUGUGCCAAGAUUCAGAAGCAGGAGAAGGCCCUCUCCUCGGGCGCAGCGCUGGGGAGCAGGCUGCCAGACCAGGCCCAGCUCCUCAGGAAGCUGCAGAAGGAGCAGAGCUCCGGUUUCUUCCUGCUCAGGACGCUGGCACGCAAGUUCGGUCCAUAUUUUCUGACCGGCACCCUGUGUAUCAUUUUCCACGACGCCUUCAUGUUCGCCAUCCCUCAGGUGCUGAGUCUUCUUCUGGGUUUCAUGAGAGAUGAAGAUGCUCCACUCUGGAAGGGCUACUUUUACGCCACCUUGAUGUUCCUGCUGUCGUGUCUCCAGUCCCUUUUCAACCACCAGUACAUGUACGCCUGCUUCACCGUCGGCAUGAGGGUGAAGACAGCUGUAAUGGGCUUGGUCUACAGGAAGUCUUUGGUGAUAAACAGCGCUGCGAGGAGGACUUGCACCGUGGGCGAGAUUGUGAAUCUGGUUUCGGCAGACACUCAGAAGCUCAUGGAUUUUGUGGUCUACUUCAACGCUGUCUGGCUGGCUCCUAUUGAGAUCGCUCUCUGUCUUUUCUUCCUUUGGCAGCAUCUGGGUCCUUCAGCUUUGGCAGGAAUUGCCACUGUCAUUCUCAUCUUUCCGCUCAAUGGGUUCAUUGCAAAGAAAAGGAGCAAGCUGCAGGAAAUUCAAAUGAAAUUCAUGGAUGGUCGCAUCAGGCUGAUGAAUGAAAUCUUAAAUGGAAUAAAGAUUUUGAAGUUUUAUGCCUGGGAGAAGGCCUUCCUGGAGCAGGUUUUGGGCUACAGAGAAAAGGAGCUCAAUGCCCUGAAGAAGUCUCAGAUUCUUUAUUCCAUCUCUAUUGCAUCUUUUAACUCCUCCUCUUUCUUGAUUGCUUUUGCCAUGUUUGGGGUCUACGUGACGCUGGAUGACAGGAAUGUCUUGGAUGCACAGAAAGUGUUUGUCUCCAUGGCGCUCAUCAAUAUCUUGAAGACCCCAUUGAGUCAGCUUCCAUUUGCAAUUAGCACAACCAUGCAGGCUCUGGUUUCACUGAGACGUCUGGGAAAGUACCUGUGUUCAGAAGAACUGAAGGUGGAAAAUGUCUCAAAGACUCCACUCAACUCUGAUGGCGAAGAUGUGGCCAUAGAAAAUGGCACUUUCAGCUGGUCUGCAGAGGGUCCUCCAUGUCUCAAACGGAUCAAUGUCCAUGUGCCACGAGGCUCCCUUGUUGCUGUGGUUGGUCAUGUGGGCAGUGGAAAGUCCUCUUUGUUGUCCGCCAUGCUCGGUGAGACAGAGAAAAGAACCGGCCGAGUCACUGUCAAGGGCUCUGUGGCCUACGUGCCCCAGCAGGCCUGGAUCCAGAACGCCACCGUCCAAGACAACAUCACAUUUGGCCGUGAGAAGAUGAAAACAUGGUACCAGCGUGUGCUGGAGGCCUGUGCCCUGCUGCCCGACCUGGACAUCCUACCGGCUGGAGAUGCUACAGAGAUCGGAGAGAAGGGACUGAAUCUAUCUGGUGGUCAGAAGCAGAGGGUGAGUCUGGCCAGGGCCGUCUACAGAAAGGCUGAUGUAUACCUGCUGGACGACCCGCUGUCAGCAGUGGACGCGCAUGUGGGACAGCACAUCUUUGACAAAGUUAUUGGACCAAAAGGAGUCCUUAGAGACAAGACCCGCAUCCUGGUAACCCAUGGGAUGAGCUUCCUGCCGCAAGCUGACCUCAUCCUCGUUCUGGUGGACGGAGAAAUCACAGAGAGUGGCUCCUACCAGGAGCUGCUCAGCCGCCAUGGUGCUUUUGCUGACUUUAUCCACACUUUUGCAAGCACAGAGCGAAAGGAGAGCGCCAUGCAAAGAGCCGGUUCCAGAAGGUCCAAUGCUCGACUCAGCAUGAUUGAUUUCAUGCCCUUCUCCAGAGACUUGUCACAGGAGCAGCUCAUUGGGGGUGACACCACUAAUACUAACCUGCAAAACAUGGAGCCUGUAUCUGAAACGGACCAGGAGCAGGUGCCAGAGGACUUGGGCAAGCUGACUGAAGUUGACAAGGCUCGCACGGGACGAGUGAGGUUGGAGAUGUAUAAGAAGUACUUCAAGACCAUCGGCUUGGCCAUCAUCAUACCCAUCGUCUUCCUGUACGCCUUUCAGCAGGGUGCCUCUCUGGCCUACAACUACUGGCUCAGCAUGUGGGCCGAUGACCCCAUAGUUAACGGCACCCAGAUUGAUACAGACCUGAAACUGUCUGUUUUCGGAGCUCUGGGUUUUGUACAAGGUAUCGCUAUCUUUGGGACGACUGUCACCAUCUCCAUCUGCGGCAUCAUCGCCUCUCGCCACUUGCACACGGACCUGCUGGUCAACGUUCUCCGCUCGCCAAUGUCUUUUUUCGAGACCACGCCCAGUGGCAACCUCCUGAACCGCUUUGCCAAAGAGAUCGACGCCAUCGACUGCAUGGUGCCAGAAGGCUUGAAGAUGAUGUUGAGCUACGUUUUUAAACUCAUGGAGGUCUGCAUCAUCGUGCUGAUGGCAACUCCCUUUGCAGCGGUGAUCAUCUUGCCCCUUGCCUUCCUCUACGCCUUUGUACAGAGUUUCUACGUUGCCACAUCCUGUCAGCUGCGCAGGCUGGAAGCUGUGAGCCGCUCGCCCAUUUACACCCACUUCAACGAGACGGUGCAGGGUGCCAGCGUGAUCCGGGCCUUCGGAGAGCAGCCCCGCUUCAUUCUGCAGGCUAAUGAAAGAGUCGACUUCAAUCAAACCUCCUACUUUCCCCGAUUUGUAGCCACCCGGUGGCUGGCCGUCAAUCUGGAGUUUGUUGGAAAUGGUGUGGUCUUAGCUGCCGCUAUUCUCUCUGUGAUGGGUAGAAGCACCCUGAGUCCAGGCAUCGUGGGUUUGGCUGUAUCACACUCCCUCCAGGUUACUGGAAUUCUGAGCUGGAUCGUGCGAUCCUGGACCGACGUGGAAAACAACAUUGUUUCUGUUGAGAGAGUCAAUGAGUACGCCGAAACUCCUAAAGAGGCUGGUUGGACUACAGAGGGCAACUCCUUGCCACUGGCGUGGCCCCAGAGUGGCACCAUAGAAUUCCAAGACUAUGGGCUGCAGUACCGCAAAGGCCUUGAGCUGGCUCUGAAAGGCAUUACGUUGCACAUAAAUGAAAGAGAGAAGGUUGGAAUUGUCGGCAGAACAGGAGCUGGGAAGUCCUCGCUUGCCUUGGGAAUCUUCAGGAUCCUGGAAGCUGCAAAGGGAAAGAUAUACGUUGAUGGAGUCAACAUUGCUGAAAUUGGACUCCAUGACCUCCGAUCUCGUAUUACUAUCAUUCCUCAGGACCCGGUGCUGUUCUCAGGCUCCCUCAGGAUGAACCUCGACCCAUUUGAUAGCUACACAGAUGAAGAAAUUUGGAGUUCACUGGAGCUUGCUCAUCUCAAAGACUUUGUGUCCAAUCUGCCUGAUAAACUCAACUAUGAAUGCUCCGAGGGAGGCGAAAACCUCAGUCUGGGUCAGCGCCAGCUAGUCUGCUUAGCCAGGGCCUUGCUGAGGAAAACCAAGAUCCUUGUAUUGGACGAGGCCACGGCUGCUGUUGACCUGGAGACAGACACCCUCAUCCAGUCAACAAUCCGCACACAGUUUGAAGACUGCACUGUGUUGACCAUCGCUCACCGUCUUAAUACCAUCAUGGAUUACACAAGAGUAAUCGUCAUGGACAGAGGCCACAUCUCUGAGAUGGACUCUCCAGCCAACCUCAUCUCUCAGCGGGGGCAGUUCUAUCGGAUGUGCCGGGAAGCUGGCUUGGUCUAGACCUAUCUUGGACCUCUUACCAGAUAACUGAUGACCUGGUGUGCACAUGUGGCACUAUAUUUGUGUGGCUCUUCCACAUAUCUCAAAUUGGGCCAUUGGAAGUUUUGUGGCAGCUCAUAACUCUUCUCUGUGAGGGCAUUGUUGCUGAAUCUCACAAGCAGCUGCUGAUGCAAUCCCUACAGCAUUUUAAAACCCAAAGACACCUAUUCAAGUCAUGAAAGUACUUUUCUUAACCUUGGAAGAUGGAUGUUCAGAUUAGAGCUACAGUGGAUUGCUGAGUCUCAAAGUUAUAAAUGUUGUGUAUAGAGUGGUGGAGUCAGUAUAUUCUGUAAAGGAUAAAAAAGGCUGGACUAAAAGAGAAACACAAAUCUUAAUGACUUUCAUUUUCUUUAAGGAUGGAGGUCAUACUAUUUUUGUAGUUUUUGUAAGUGUUUAUACAGCACAGGACAUAUUUUUUAUGUUGUCUCAGGCUUACACAGACGUUUACUCAUACAUUUUUAGCCUUAUAUACCAAAAAGAGGCACUUUUUUUACUUGUAGAAUGAUAGAAGUCUAUGUUUUACUCUCAUCCCAGAAACUGGGACAAGAAAUAUUGCAACACUCUAACCUUUGCGAGGUUCAUGCUAGCCGGGGAAAUUGGCUUUUUACAGUCUUCAAAAUUUGAGCUUGAGGCCAUUUUUAUAUGUCAGGGGGAGGGUGAAACAGUAAAGCAAGCCAGGACAUUAGCAAUCGUCCAACUAUGUGGUGGUUGUUGUUUAUUUCUGUAAAGUAAACAUUUUUUAAAAAGUCAAUAGAGACCUCACUGGUCAGAUUUAACCUGACACCGGUAGUGAAAACCACCAUGAAUGAAGAGAAUGCCUCUUUGAAACAAUGGUGAUAAAUCUCUAAGGGAUUGUUUCUCUGUCUGCGCCACACAAACUCAGGCCAUACGCAUAUACAGAGAGGAGAAAAUCAGUAUUGUUCUGUAUUGGUGCUGACAUGACAGACUGUAAAUAGUCUGUGUUAAGCUUUAGUCUUGAUUCAAAGAAAGAACCCUAUGAACUUUUCCAAGAGAAGAAGCAUUUGAUGUUUUUGUCUUACUGGUUUAGACAAUAUAUUCUAAGAGGAACCCAAGUGUUUAUUUAUGUCAUGUGACAAAAUGUGUUAAGUGUCCUUAAAAUUCUGAGGAAUAUAUUUUAUUUAUACUUUUUAUAACAAGCUUGAUCAUCCUCACUGACCUUUUAUUGUUAAUGUACUGUCUGGGUCCAUACAUCAUGCUGGA